GCAGCCUGCUGCUGUUGUUUGUGAGAACAUACGCUUUACACAGUUCAAAUCCACAGCCAAGACAGCCACACUGCCACCACCAUGAGAGAGCUUAAGAGCAAGGAUUUCUGGAGGGCCGUCCUGGCUGAACUGGUCGGCAUGACCCUUUUCAUUUUCCUCAGCAUCUCCACAGCUAUUGGGAACCCGAACAACACAAACCCAGACCAGGAGGUGAAGGUAUCGCUGGCUUUCGGAUUGGCCAUUGCCACACUGGCCCAGAGUUUAGGCCACAUCAGUGGAGCCCACCUGAAUCCUGCUGUUACCCUCGGGAUGCUUGCCAGCUGCCAGAUCAGCGUGUUUAAGGCGGUCAUGUAUAUUGUGGCCCAGAUGCUGGGUUCAGCUCUGGCCAGUGGCAUUGUGUAUGGAGCUCGACCAAGUACCAAUCUUCAACUGGGGCUCAACUCUCUCAACGGUGUCACUCCCAGUCAAGGCGUGGGCAUCGAGCUCCUGGCAACCUUCCAGCUUGUGCUGUGUGUCAUUGCAGUCACUGAUAAAAGGCGGCGUGAUGUCACCGGCUCAGCACCCUUGGCCAUUGGCCUCUCGGUCUGCCUGGGACACUUGGCAGCUAUCAGCUACACCGGCUGUGGCAUCAAUCCCGCUCGCAGCUUUGGUCCGGCUUUGAUCCUGCUCGAUUUCAAGGACCACUGGGUGUACUGGGUGGGGCCGAUGUGUGGUGGUGUAGCAGCAGCUCUCGUCUACGAUUUCCUGCUUUCCCCUAAAUUUGAUGACUUCCCUAAUCGCAUGAAGGUCCUGGUCAGCGGACCGGUCGGUGAUUAUGACGUAAACGGAGGCAACGACACUACGGCAACCAUCGAGAUGACGUCGAAAUAGUCCCAUGCAGUCACAAACCACUUAGUUUCAAUGUACAUGUUUAUGCUCCUGUAAAAACAAAAUGUUAGUGUGGGAUGUCAGCGUUCUUGGGCUGUUGUGAAAUACCAAUGAAGAUGGUAACUUUGUGGUAACGGGUCAGUUAGUGUCACUAUCAGAAUCACUACUUCGUUUGACCCGACACACAAGCCGCUCAAGCAUACAAGUCGAGGGUGUGAGAAAGUGUGAAAUGUUUCCCCAUAUCAGUAUUCUAUGAUGAGCCAUUUUUUGUAUACUCUGUGUGUCUGUAGUACUUUUUAUUUCUUAUGGAUAAUGUAUUGUGUGUGCACUCUUGAACUGUCUCACUUUUUGUAAGUAAAUAAAACACUUGUUGUUAACAGCU